AUGAAUACCAUUCUCAUCAAUCAGAAUAUCGACAUUCCAGAAAAUGUCAACAUCACUCUGAAGGGGUGCACAGUCAAUGUGAAGGGCCCCAUGGGAACUCUGCUAAUGGACUUUAAUCACCUCAAUGUAGAGCUGAGUCUUCUUGGGAAAAAGAAGAAAAGGCUCCAGGUUGACAAAUGGUGGAGUAACAGAAAUGAACUGGCCACUGUCAGAACCAUCUGCACUCAUGUUUCAAACAUGAUCAAGGGCGUUACACUGGGCUUGUGUCACAAGAUGAGGACAUUGUAUGCUCACUUCUCCAUCAACAUCGUUACACAGGAGAAUGGGUCUUUGGUUGAAAUUCGAAAUUUCUUGUGUGAGAAAUAUAUCCACAGGGUUCAGAUGAGGACAGGUGUUGCUUGUUCUGUCUAUCAAGCCCAGAAGGAUGAAUCAAUCCUUGAAGGAAAUGAUAUUGAACUUAUUUCAAAUUCAGAGGCUCUUAUUCAGCAAGCUACAACAGUUAAAAAUAAGAAUAUGAGAAAGUUUUUGGAUGGCAUCUAUGUGUCUGAGAAGAGAACUGUGCAGCAGGCUGGUGAGUGA